GUCUCAAUUAGAACCACUUCUACUCUCCAGGUAAUAAACAUCUUGUUCUAAUUUUAAUGUUCGGUCAAAGGACGUUUUUCGUUCUUAGUAUAGCGGUCAGGUCGCUGGUCGUUGGUUAUGUACGGUUUUUGAUGACACUGAUCAUUUUAAAAUCAGCUAAGAACGGAUGACUCGGUUUUCUUUCAGGAAUAACCAGUGUCAACUCGUUUCACGGACGUCUUCACUACUUCCCAUUUCUUGYAUCUUAAUCGAUGGGACGAACAUUUCAAAGAAAACUAUAAUAGCCGUAGAAAAUGACCAAGAAAGUGAUUUUUGUGACGGAGGGAAAGUUGUUGUGGAGACCAUACACUGCCUCACUGGGAAACCCGGGGACCUUUCUUUAUAUCAGUCGGUGAAACGCUCUACGAAGGACUCAGAAAACGAAGAAAAGAAGCUUAGUCCUCUAAAGGAAAUAUCUAGGAGCAGAACAAUGAUUUCGACUGUGAAAGGCCAUCACAAAGAMKUGCUGAACUUCGAGUCMGAGUUGACAUUUACACCCAAGUUGAAUGCUUUGAGCAUAAAGCUUGCUAAAGCGAGAGGCGAAAAGAUACGAAAUUCUGCACUAAAUCGAAGGUCRUCCUACCAAAAUGCAGAAGAGGACGCGAUCUUUACGUUCAAGCCACAAGUGAGCUCAAAUAGUGAAAAAAUCGUACAAAAAUUAAAGACGACUUUUCUKGAUCGUCAGAUGUUGCAUGUGGAAAAACAAAAGCGGCACAUCCAAAGUGAUUCAUAUUUGCUUCCUUACAAAUCAUCAAGACUAAGCCCUGUUCAAAUGAUUAAGUCAAAAAAGCACAAAACUAGCAAACUGAAAGAUUUGAAUGAUUCUAUUGAAGAGGAGAAUGAAGACAAACACAAUCCAACUCCUUCAAAAGACUCUCUUUUAACAACAUCUUCAGAUAUUACAAAUUCAAUGUCGAAUUCAUCUUCAACAACCGAUAUUGAGUGCGGUACAAAACGACUAAACGAAGACCAGCAAUCAAAUGAAAAUCAAAUGGACGAAUGUGAUAAUAGCGAUGAGAACGACAACAAUUCAUUGGAAAAUAAGAAAAAUACUAGAAAUAUCAAGUUAGAAUGUUUGAACACUGGAGCUCAGAGGCUAAAAGAACAAAGUCCAUAUAACCAGUCAUCAGAAAAUCUUUAUUUAAACAAACACAAGCGCUCAAUUAGAGCGCAUCAACGUGGACUGACUUACCCGGUUASUAAACCGAAAAUUGAAAAUGAGGAUUGGAAUAGUAGCACUAAAGUGGAUAAGAAACCAAACAUUCCUAACGGUGUGAAAAAAGGGAGUCAUUCUAGGAACGCGUCGCAGCCAGGACAGCAUUGUAGUAAAAUGAAAUACGACCAUCCUUUAUUUGAAAAGGUUCGACAUGCUAAAGAAGUUGCUGAUGGUGCGAUUAAGAACAAGAAAGUUUUCAUUUGUCACGGGCCSUACCCAAUCGUCCGUGCGUCGCUACGACGUCGGGGGUUCGUUGAAAAGCACUACCAGAGCUCACCGCUUAUCAAGAAAAAAGGGCGCAAGAAAAGACAAAAUGCCGAUAGCGAUGCCGACUCKGCUAGUAGUGACGACGAAAGCGAUGACAAUCCAACACCGAACACCACCCCUAGAGGUAAAGUUAACAAAUCUGUGUCAAAGAGUAAAGAAACGUCGCCCAAAGAGAGUGACAAUAAGAAAGACUAUGGGGGUGGUAGUGACGACGAUAGCAGUGAUGACGAUGACGACGACGAUUCGGAAGACGAAGAUUGGAAAGCUGGGUAUGAAGCUGGUGGACCUGAUAGCGAAUUUAACCUUAUGGUUGGUCUCUGUAGCAAUCUUCGUAAUUUAGCCUUUUAUGAAGAAGUGGAUCCUUUCACCUUUUUUCCGAGAUGCCAUCGACUUGGUGUCGAAGAAGACAAAUUAGAUUUUAUAGAUGAUUUUCGAAUGAAUGCUGCUCUAGCUAUUAUCAAAUGGGUUAUCGCCCGSUUUGAAAAUAGUUCCUCUGCCUCUGGCACACUUCAGACGAACGACGAACCAUCUAUCGGGUGUGAAGACAAACAAAAAGAAGAUGAGCCCGCGGUAGAAACAACUAGCGGCAACAUCCUUCCUGUUAAAGCUCUAACGUCAUCUCUUGAGGCAUGCCGGGAUUAUUUGAGACGUCAGGAGCAUCUUGAUGUUGAUGAUCCCCUUGAUACAAAGCCAGUGAUUUCAGAAGUACUGUGGAAUGAAAUAAUCAACUAUUCGUAUCAGCUACGACAAUCGCAAACAGUCAUAGCAAGUGCUUUUCCUUUCUUACGUGAAUGCCAAAAUGUAGUGAAUAAGAUGAAAGAACAUAUGCCACAAAUUGAUAUUGAUGGUCAGCGAAAUAUCUGGAUCGUGAAGCCUGGGGCCAAGUCACGUGGACGUGGAAUUAUGUGUAUGGAUCGUCUUGAAGAUAUUCUGAAGCUAACUGGAAACAUCAUUGGACAGAAAGAAGGACGAUGGGUUGUUCAAAAAUAUAUCGAACGUCCAUUGUUGAUUUACGGUGUAAAGUUUGACAUUCGACAAUGGUACCUUGUCACGGACUGGAAUCCACUGACAGUGUGGUUUUACCAGGAUUGUUAUCUUCGCUUCUGUUCUCAGAAUUUCUCGUUAGAAGAUUUCCAUGUGAGCAUACAUUUGGCGAACAAUUCAGUUCAAAAGAACUUUGAAAACGAUAAAGUUCGCGAUAAAAGAUURCCAGAGGAAAACAUGUGGUCGAGCGACGAAUUUAAAUCCUAUCUAAGGAAGAAAGGUCUAGACGGAAAAUGGAGUAAUGUAAUCUAUCCUGGCAUGAAACAAGCUGUUAUUUAUGCGAUGGAAUCUUGUCAAGAAAUUGUAGAGUACAGAAAGAAUUCCUUUGAACUCUAUGGCGCUGAUUUUAUUAUCGGAGAUGAUUUUAARCCAUGGCUGAUCGAAAUCAACUGUAGUCCAACUAUGGGAGCCAGUACAGGAGUCACDAGGAAGCUUUGUGCUCAAGUCGUGGAAGACACAAUGAAAGUUGUUCUCGACAGAAGAGAAGACAGAAACUGUGAUACUGGACGUUUUGAGCUAGCGUUCAAGCAAGCCCACGUCAGUGCUCCUCCGUACAUUGGAGUGAAUCUAGCCGUUGAAGGCCAAGGAAUUCCUCGCAAGGCAAGCGUUACUAGGAGACCUUCUACAUCAUCCAAAGUAACCAAUGUAGCUCGACCACGUGACACUACGACGAAUAUGAAUGAAUCUAAAACUACUAGGACUAGCAYCAUAGAGUCACGUGACGUAAAAAACAACGCAAAUGAAUCACGUAAUACGAGGAAUUCUCUUAAUGAGUCACGUGAGUUYAAGAGCAUUCGAGAUGCGUCACGUGACCGUAUUAUAAGUCCAAACAAGGCAAUUAGCCAAUCAYCUUCCUCCAGCGAAACAUUUCAGGACAAAUUAGACGUGAAACGACACAACCAUAAGACAGACAAGAAUCCAAAUUUAGAGCCCAGGAAUAAUAUUAAGAAAGCCGAGGGCUCCUGGGCACUAGGACAGCUUCAAAUUCCAAAAAGACUGAGAGCGAGGAGUAGAAGUGRUACCUACGGUGAWACUAAAGGUCAAGGUCAGGGUGUUCCKAAGGGRGCACAACCGAUGAGUAUUCCUAAAGCUAUAUUACGGUAUUCCACCGACCAGAGAAAUGARCCACAGAAACCACAGAUUCCCAUAUCAAUUGGGCCUUCGCACUGAAUAUCUUGAUGGACUCUGGACGAUAUGGACUCAUAUCUGUCUGUCUGUCACACAUCCGAAGAAUAGUACAGCGGUAGCCGUGCUUAUCAUUUUCCUGCUUUUAUGCAGAACAGCGCCUAUUGGCCUAAGAUCAAUUUACAAAUAAUUUUCUCGAAUAACAAGAUAUAUUUUUGAAUGGUUUUGUCCUAUGAAAACAAAUAUAAUAAACAGAAUCUUAUUCAAACCAUCAUAUAAACGCAAAUUUAUACUUAGUACACAUUYUCACAUAUCGUUAAAAUGUUUUCCAUGUUGAGGCGAAAAAUGUCAAAGCUAGUAUUACAGUAUUUUCUAUCGUGUUGGAAAAGUAUGUAGUUUGGUUUGUAUGCUUGUGAAGUAGUAGUAUAUCAGGAGAUGUUGUAACCAUUUCGAUAAUAUAUUUUCGAAAGAAAUUUAGAGCCAAUGAAUAAAAUUGAAUURUGGUUCUUGUACAUGAU